AUGGACAGUGUUAAGCCACCAGAUGCCGUCAACUGGAACGGAAAUGUGGACUGUGAGUGGCGAACUUUUAAACAGCGGUUUAUGCUAUACCUGCAAGCUGUCGGCCUAGAUAGUAAGCCUGAUACACGGAAGAUUGCACUGCUUCUUACCGUAGCAGGUCCACAAGCGGUGGAAGUAUAUAACACGUUUGUGUUCGCAACUGCAGAAGACAAAGAAAAGUUUGACGAAGUAGUGAGAAAGUUUGAUGAACACUGUUCGCCCAAAAAGAAUGAAACAUUUGAGAGGUACGUCUUUCGGUCACGUAUACAACAACCUUCAGAGAGUUUUGAUACGUUUCUGACUGACCUCAAGUUAAAGGCAAGAACAUGCAAUUUUGGACAGCUGCAAGAAUCUAUGAUAAGAGAUCAGAUCGUAUUUGGAAUAAAAGAUAUAAAGAUAAGAGAGAGGCUUCUGAGAGAGGCGGAUCUGACUUUAGCAAGUGCUGUGAAAGUAUGUCAUGCCAGCGAGCUCGCCAUACAACAUGCAAAAACCUUCAGCGGGUCGCCGAGGGAAACAGACACGGAAAGCACAGCUGUAGCUGCAGUUAAUACACGGCAGGCUAAUCUGGUGAAUGAGCUGGAUGUGAAAGCGAUGAAAACGAAACCACACAUAUUCCAAAAUAACAGUUUACUCCAAGCAUAUAAUGGAGAACCAAUCAAAACCAAAGGUAAAUGCAGGCUCAGGGUACAAGUAAAAGGAAAAUAUCACAGUCUGAUGUUUAUCAUUGUGCCAGAGGGACAUGAAUCUCUGUUGGGAGAUAAAGCAUGUGAGAGACUCGGCCUAGUCAGACGGGUAUACAGUAUAAACAGCUCUGAGCCCAAAAGUGUGAAAGAAAUCGUGGAUCUGUACCCAGACAUAUUCAAGGGGUUUGGAGUCUUACCCUUCACCUACAAGAUAAAGCUGAAAGAAGGAGCUCAGCCUGUGGUUCAGUGCACCUCGACGUGUUCCAGCUGCUCUUAA